CGGGUGGCUUUGGAAUUCUCAGAUCAGGCUCAAUGUUCAUGGCCGCGCUGGCAGCGGAACGGCGAUAAAAAGAGCUCCGGGCUGGUCUCAUCCCGCCUUACGUCCAUCCACUUUUGACCAAAGUCUCCCCCCCCGUCGCUGCUCCAGCCCCACAAACAUGUCUCCCCGCCAGAUCCGUCUCGGUCGCAACGGCCCCCUUGUCUCCCCAAUCGGCCUCGGCUGCAUGGGCAUGAGCGAGUUCUACGGAGCCUCGAACGACGAAGAGUCGAUCGCCGUCCUCAAUCGAGCCAUCGACCUCGGCGCCACGUUCUGGGACACGGCCGACAUCUACGGAUACGGCGACAACGAGCGGCUCCUCGCCAAGGUCCUUGCCACCCGCCGCGACAGUGUCUUCCUGUGCACCAAGUUCGGCAUCGUCCGGGACCGCACCGACCCGACCGUGCGAGGGUUCUCGGGUACGCCCGAGUAUGUCCGCAAAGCAUGCGAGGCAUCGCUCGAGCGGCUCCAAGUCCAGACCAUCGACCUUUAUUACCUUCAUAGAGCGGAUCCCAAUAUCCCCAUCGAAGUGACCGUCGCCGCCAUGGCCGAACUUGUCAAGGAAGGCAAGGUCCGGUAUCUCGGCUUGAGCGAGGUGAGCGGCGACACUUUGCGCCGUGCCUAUGCCGUCCAUCCCAUUGCUGCCGUCCAGGUCGAAUACAGCCCCUGGACUCUUGACAUUGAGACCAACGGCCUGCUCGAUGCCUGCCGCGAGCUCGGCGUCACAAUCGUCGCCUACUCGCCCCUCGGCCGCGGCUUCCUCACGGGCCAGUACCAGAGCCUCGACGACUUUGCCGCGGACGACUACCGCCGCUUCAGCCCCCGCUUCGCCGGCGACAACUUCCAGAAGAACCUCGACCUGGUCCGCAAGUUCGAAGAGAUCGCCAAGGCCAAGGGCGUCAGCACCUCCCAGUUCGUCCUGGCCUGGGUCGUGGCCCAGGGCGAGGAUUUCAUCACCAUCCCCGGCACCAAGCGGGUCAAGUACCUCGAGGAGAACAUGGGGGCUGCCAAUGUGGAGAUCACUGCCGAGGACAAGGCCGCCGUUCGCCAGAUCCUAGACUCGUUCGAGGUCAGCGGAGACCGAUACCCCACCAACAUGAUGGCUGCCCUUAACAAGUGAGGUUCCACACCAGCCACUGCCCUUCUGUUGAAAUGGGGGAAAUCACGGCGCUGGAAUACAAUACGCAUUCGACCCUCGAUCUGGGGAAACCGUGGAUGUGAAUGUUCGCCCAUCCAAUGUCCAUCUCUAUCCCCUGGGCGAUGGAGUACAGCAUGUCCAGGCACCAACUCGUGGUAUGCAAGCUGAUCACCACCGAGAUCGCUACACUGAUCGACGUCCAUCCGCGACAUUGCAACAGCGUGACAGGAAACGAAUACAGUGACUGGCGCCAUUCA